AUGCAGGUUGACAAUUUCGGCACUGUGAACCUUGUUGAAGCAUGCAGGAAAGUCAAUGUUAACAGAUUCAUUCUUAUAAGUUCCAUUUUAGUCAAUGGAGCAGCUAUGGGACAGCUACUCAAUCCAGCUUACAUUUUUCUCAAUGUUUUCGGCCUCACCUUAGUAGCAAAAUUACAGGCAGAAAAUCAUAUCAGGAAAUCUGGUAUAAAUUACACAAUAAUAAGGCCAGGAGGGUUGAAAAAUGAUCCUCCUACCGGAAAUGUUGUUAUGGAGCCAGAGGAUACACUAUAUGAAGGUUCCAUAUCCAGAGAUCAAGUUGCAGAGGUAGCUGUGGAAUCAUUGGCUUAUCCCGAGUCAUCUUAUAAAGUUGUGGAGAUAGUUGCUCGACCCGAAGCUCCUAAACGCGCAUACUAUGAUCUUUUUGAAAUUUCAAGUGGUUUUGCUCGUCUUGGAAACUUGCAAUAUCUUGAUCUUUCGAGCAAUAGCCUUGAGGGUACAAUUCCGCGUCAAUUUGGAAGUCUCUUGCAUUUACAAUACCUUGAUCUCAGUUAUAAUGCCUUAGAUGGAACCAUUCCUCGUCAUCUUGGAAAUCUCUCUCGUUUGCAGUACCUUGAUCUUUCAUAUAAUGGCCUUGAUGGAACCAUUCCGCAUCAACUUGGAAGCCUUUCAAACUUGCAGGAGCUUCAUCUUCAAUAUAAUCAAGGACUCAAAGUUGAUGACGAGAAUAAUCACGUUGGAGGCACGCAGUUACAAAGUUUUGUUGCGUCAAGUUAUGAAGGGAAUGCUGAUCUUUGUGGGAAGCCACUUGAUAAAAAAUGUCCGGGAGAUGAAGAAGCCGCACACGAGAAACUAGAAACAGUUGAAGAAAGUAGUCCAGAAGAUAAAAAAUCAAUUUAUUUGAGUGUGGGAUUGGGAUUUAUCACAGGAUUUUGGGCACUGUGGGGAUCUUUGUUUCUCAUCAGGACUUGGAGACAUAAAUAUGUCUUGUUCUUGAAUAAUAUAGUUGACAGAAUUACGAGUUUAUGGCGCUGA